AUCCCUUUAAUAUUCAAUCACUGAACUCCUCAAUCCAAUGAAAGAAAGCUAGUUAAAGAGGGUUAGGUUUCAUUUUUUUUCUUGGACACAUUGAAGUGUUACCAGUUGUUGAGCAUAUGUCAAUGUGUCAGGCUCUGACACCUCUUCUCUCUCUCUCUAGAUUGUACAGUAAGCCUGGCAUCAAUUAUUCUCUUUAGCUUUUCAUUGGUUUGUUGCAAAGUUUUCAGCUUCCUAUGAUCACAUGAUAUGAUAUCCCUUGGUACAUGCUGCACUUGUCAAAAACUAUCUAAAGCUUCUUUGGAUGUGCUUUGUCUUUGAAAAAGGUUGCCUUUUUUAACUCCAUUUUGAUCUACAUCAUAAAUUUCCAAACUUUCUUGGGCUUUUUUUAUCGUAUUUUGGUUGUCUUGCGAUGAGUUGUUUGCAAAAGAUGCCAAAUUUUAUUGAACAGUCCCUUUUCUCUUUCUGGGUUUUGAGCUUUUGAGGGCACACUUAACUUGCUUCUGCCAAGCUGUACACCAUUAUCACUUCUCAGAGCAUCUUUAAAGGAGUUUUUAGUUUCUGGGUUUGUUUUGUUUUUAUUGAAUAAUUUAUUAUCUUGAAAAAAGUUUCCAUCUUGGUUGGUUUUGGUUGUCUUAUUUGGUGCUCCUUAGGGUUUUGAUUAUUGGGGUCUGGUUUUGUUCAUAAUUUUUAUGUUGGCUGGUGUCCUGUGUUUGGCCUCUGAAUAAAUUAUACCCACCAUUAUUAGCUCAAAAGCAUUUAUUAUCUGGAUCUUGAGCAUUCCAUUUCUCUCUCUUUUGAAACUGAUGUGAUGUUGAAAUCUUUUGUGUUGACAAAUAUCAUUUGGGUUUAAACUCUAAAGAUUGAUCAUUUCUUUCCUUCUGUGACAAAAAAGUUCAAAUCUUGAUAGAAAAUUUCCAAUUUUUACAGUCUGGGUAUUGACCAAGACUCUUUCUUUUCAACUAUAUCUUCAAGUUCUCCAUCUGGGGUAUCGUUGGAGUGAUGCGAAUAGAAGGUCUGUUAACAAAUGGCAAAUCUUGUACCUGGAGUGUUACUCAAGCUUUUGCAGCACAUGGAUACAGAUGUCAAGGUUGCUGGGGAACAUAGGUCAUCUUUAUUACAAGUUGUGAGCAUUGUACCAGCAUUAGCAGGUGGUGAGUUAUUCUCUAAUCAAGGGUUUUAUCUUAAGGUAUCAGAUUCAUCUCAUGCCACUUAUGUGUCUUUACCUGACGAGCAUGAUGAUUUAAUUCUUAGUGAUAAAAUCCAAUUAGGCCAAUUUAUUCAUGUUGAAAGGCUUCAACCAGCCUCACCAGUGCCUAUUCUUAGAGGGGUCAGGCCAGUACCUGGGAGGCACCCUUGUGUAGGGAGCCCUGAAGAUAUUGUAGCAUCCCAGUCCCCUGGCUUUCUCAAUAAUAAUCUGGAGAAAGUGAAAUCCCCUAAAAGGGGUGUUUUGGGUGGUUGUAAUGUUGGAGAGAAGGAUAAAUCAGUGGGGGGUAGUGUGAAUGGUAAUUCUCAUAAGGAGGCUUUGUCAGAUAAGAAAGCGACUCAAACCAGAUCAAAGUCUCAAUUGUCAAAACUUACACUAGAUUUGGAUUUGAAAAGGGAACCUGUGGCAAAAUCUAAGUCAUCGAGUUCAAGAUCAAUUCCUUCUUCUCCAACUAGUUGUUAUUCAUUGCCUAGUUCAUUUGAGAAGUUUUCAAAUGGGGUUCGGCAGCAGUCAGUGAUUAAGGGAUCGGACAAGGGAUCACCUGGGAUUGUAGAAAAGGCAAGUUCUGUUCGUGGGGCAAGUCCCACUGUGAAGAGGGUGCCGGUGAUCAAGAAUAUUGUUCAGGGGAUUGAGUUGGGGGCCAAAGCUUUGAGGAAAAGUUGGGAGGGGAAUAUGGAGUUGAAGCAUAGAGAGAAAUCAAAUUUGAGAGGCGCCAGACACGAUCCAAAGCCUGAAGCUUGGAGUGUUUCUACUCCAAGAAAAAGUACAUCAAGUGAGAGAUUGCCAUCUAAAGAGGAUUACAGGACCCAAGUAUCUUCUAAGUCAUCCAAAGAGGAGAAUAAAAUCCAGACAUCUACCAAGAAAAAUGUUGCAAAUGGAAGUUUGGAUGAACAAGACAAGUCAAAUAAGCUAAGAACAACUGCUGGAAAGAAAUCAUCAGAGCAUGCUAACAAUGGAUUCCCAGGAAAUCUGGUCAAGGUUUCAAUAAGUAGCAGAAGAUUGACUGAAGGAAGUGUUUCAUGGAGUUCACUGCCCUCUUCUCUUGCCAAAUUUGGAAAGGAAGUUAUGAAGCAUCGAGAUGCUGCGCAGACGGCAGCAAUAGAGGCUAUUCAAGAGGCAACUGCUGCGGAGAGCUUACUUCGAUGUCUAAGUAUGUAUUCAGAGCUGACUUCCUCUGCUCGGGAAGACAACCCACAACCUGCUGUGGAGCAGUUUUUAGCUCUUCAUGCAAGCUUGAAUAAUUCUCGCUUGAUUGCCGAUUCUCUUUUUAAAAUUAUUCCAGCUGGUUCUUCCCCAGAUUCUAAUGACAAUCCAUCUGAAGAAGCGCUAAAGGUCACAUCUGAUAGACGUAAACUUGCAGCCUCUUGGGUUCAAGCUGCACUGGCCACCAAUCUGUCAUCCUUUUCAGUAUUUACCAAAGAUACUACUUCAGCUCCUAGUCAAGGUCAAAAGCCUAUUGCCAGCAAUCAAUCCAUUUUAGUCCUUGAAAACUCUUCUAAGAAUACCACAACGAAAACUCAAGGGAAAACGCGUCCAACAGUUGGCUCCAAGCUUGUAGCUACAGGAGCUUUCCGCAAACCAGGGGAUAACUCUACCGUUAGUCAAAAGGCACCACCCCAACCUCCAGCAGAGUGGAUCAGAGGAAAUGGCCUUGAUGAGGCCGUGGACUUGGCUGGAAUGUUGCGGAUGGAAUCCCAGGAUUGGUUUUUGGGAUAUGUUGAGAGGUUCUUGGAUGCUGAUGUAGAUACCUCAGCUUUGUCAGAUAAUGGUCAAAUAGCAGGGAUGUUGACGCAGCUCAAAAGCGUGAAUGACUGGUUAGAUGAGAUUGGGUCGAGCAAGGAUGAAGCAGAAACACCCCAUGUUUCAUCAGAGACCGUUGACAGGUUACGGAAGAAGAUUUACGAGUACCUUCUUACUCAUGUGGAAUCUGCUGCCGCUGCACUAGGUGGUGGAUCACAGCCAUCACCGGCAAACCGAAGUAUAGAAACUAAAUCGAAGAGGUGAUAUUAUUAGUUUUUGCAGCUUGGCCACAUGCAGCGUUGGAGAUGCAUAUAAUAGUAACAUACCAUUAGAGCUGUGCCCCUUAACAACCAAACCAAGUGGGCUAAGGAGCUCAGUGCUCUAUUCAAUGUACAUAAAUCCUACAUGGGUUUGAGGUAUAGAUCACUAUUAAUUAUCCAAAAAAGCAUCAAAUGUAAUUGCAGGGUUCUUUUUUUUGUUUUUCCUGAAACUACACAGAAUUAGAACAAUUCCAUGAACUGGAAAAGCAAUAUUUUCUCUCGUGUUGGCAUGUGUAUGAAAGUUUCUUUCAUAAUAUCAUCCAUAUUGUGCGUUUUA